CAGCAGCCUGAGAAGCUGCCCUAACUAAAAGUGAAAGUGCCUUGGAGCUACCGAUCUUGACAGAGCCCCUGCUUCCACUGGAGCCCAGUUACACUCCUAAAGAUUUGGAGUGGAUUUCCAGAAAAGGGGGAAGUAAGAUGCCGGGACAAAAGUGGUUUCAGGAUCCUGAAGGAGACUUAGUCUGGGUCAAAAGGCACGAGCCUAAAACCCUGGAGCCGCGCUGGAAAGGACCACACACCGUGAUUCUGACUACACCCACGGCCGUGAAGGUAGAUGGUGUCCGAACCUGGAUUCAUCACUCUCAGGUUAAGAAAAACUGCGUGAAGGUGGGAACAACCCAGACUGAUGCAGAACCAGAUAACAAAGAGCAAUGGAAGGUUCAAAGGCAUCCAGAAGAUCCUUUAAAGCUAAGACUGAUGUGGGAAUAAUAAUUUUCUGGGUUUGUAUGGUGAUAAGUGUGGGGGACUGUAUGGAAUUGCAUCCCCUAUCUUUUUAGCCAUACCAAUGGGAACUCAGGGACACUGUCAUGGGAAAGGUGAUAGCAUCUAAUACCUCUUCCACUGUGCCUUGUUUUUUGUUUGAUUUAUGCGACUUGGUGGGGGACUCAUGGGGGACUCUAGUUACUAAUUAUAAACAGCCAACGGGCUUGGCUCCUCCGGUCCCUGAAAACCCCUAUAUGGUUACCUAUGGAUGUGGACACAGGGAUCAAGAACAAAAAUUGGCUAACAUACCAGGGUUAUACAGUUGCCCUGCAAAUAGAAAGGUCGAAUGUGAAGGAAAAGGCCAAUACCAUUGUGCAAAAUGGGGUUGUGAAACGCUGGCCCCCUGGCUGGCAGGACAGGGCCAUGAUCCCUUAAUCACCCUCCUUAGAACUCCAGAUCCCAAAUGUAAGACUCAAGGAAAAUGUAACCCAACAAAAAUAUGUUUAAAAAAGGUUUCUAGUUCCAGUACCUUUUCCUCUUCCUGGGACACUGGACACACUUGGGGUCUCAGGAUGUAUGCUCCAGGAGUUGACAAGGGCAUUUCCUUUACUAUACAACGGGUUAAAAGAAAAACUCCACCCAAUCCGGUAGGGCCAAACAAGGAUAUGAUUUUACACCCCCCACUCUUUCCGACUGUCCCUUCCCAACCUACCCCGCAAUCGGGUGCCCCCACAAAGUUGGAAUUACCAACUACAGGUCAUAUCCAGAACCCGUUCUCCCCUGAGACGCAUUGGCUAGAUGUAGUAGAUUCUAUGUAUGCUUGGCUAAAUUCAUCUCACACCGAGAUUGUACAAGAUUGUUGGCUGUGCUUAAACCCUAAACCUCCAUAUUAUGUGGGAGUGGCUACAAAUGCUAGCAUUGGACAAGACAUAGAAAAGCAUGUUGUGAAAUUGCUAAAUCCAAGCACGACAUUGUGCCCUUGGGGUUCACGACCAAUUUUAACCCUAGGAGACCUCCAAGGGCAGGGUUGGUGUAUAGUGUCCCAAGAAUAUAAUUGGCAGAACUCCCCUUACAAAAACUCUUGUGCAGAAGUGUAUAUUCCAAGUAGUUCAGAUACUGAUAGCGCCCAAAAUAUAGCAUACCAAGCCCUUACUGGAGCCUGGUUUGCUUGCUCAUCAGGAAUUACCCCCUGCAUUGCAGCCGCAUACUUUGGGGUCGGCACCCAAGAGAUUUGUAUCCUAGUUCAUAUUCUCCCACAAAUAUACCUAUAUAGCGGAGAAGCAGGGAGAGAACACUUACGUCUAUUUGAAGGACAUUCCAGGGUAAAAAGGGCAGCACCAGUCCUCAUUCCACUCCUAGUGGGACUGGGAAUUGCAGGAUCCACAGCUAUUGGAACUGCUGGACUCAUUGUGGGGGACCAAAAUUUCAAAACUGUAAGCAAGCAAGUGGACCGAGACCUAGGCUACUUGGAAACUUCAAUUUCUCGGCUAGAACACCAAGUAGACUCUUUAGCUGAGGUUGUAUUACAAAACAGAAGAGGGCUUGAUUUACUCUUCAUGAAGGAGGGGGGCCUCUGCGUGGCCCUCGGAGAAACAUGCUGUUUUUAUGCGAACAAUUCCGGAGUAAUCCGAGACACUCUCAGUUUGGUCAGGGAUAAUCUUAGGGCCAGGGAACGUGCCAGGGAAGCCAGCAAUAAUUGGUAUCAGAGUUUAUUCUCUUGGUCCCCCUGGCUCACAUCAUUGCUUACAGCCGUAGCUGGGCCACUGCUAUUGUUACUUCUCGGGUUAACUAUUGGCCCGUGCAUUAUCAAUUGGUUAGUACAAUAUGUCAAGAAGCGAGUUAGUGAAAUAAAAAUUAUGAUGAUCAGGUCCAAUUAUAUCCCCUUAGUUCCUAAUGAUGAAUCAAGGGAUUGAUUCACUGACAAGAAAAGGGGGAAAUGUAAGGGUUAAAUUGUAGUGUAGGGCUAAUGCUUAGCUUGAAAAAUAACAGCUUUGUGUUGACAUUGAAGGUUAAGAGAUAACAGCCUUGCUUUACUCUUAUAAAUUACGCCUCAUACUCUUGUAAAUUAGGCUUCACCAAUUAAGGAAGCAAAAGUUCAAAAAAAGAGCAUCAGAGGCAGGGUCAAGGAGAUCCACUGGUUGCAACUUAGAGGCAGAAAGUCUAAAGUAAACACCUCAUUAGGCAACUGUUUCUAACUCAUCUGGAA